AUGGAUCCCCGUACUUGGUUUCACUGGUUUGUCGUCUAUUUCCUUUACCGCUAUGUCCGCUUGAUAGUGAACCUAUGGUUGUUCUGGACCUUCAAGCCAAUCCCCAUCCCGGAAAACCCGACUCUCUCGCCUUCCGAUGUCACAGUCAUUUUACCUACUCUUGACGGAGAAGGGGAAGAGUUGGAGCGAACAAUCUCCUCGAUUUUGGAGAAUGAGCCCAAGGAGCUGAUCCUGGUCACCAUUGAUGAAAACUUGUACAAAGCCGAGAGGACCACGGCCAAGAUGCCCGCAGCCAAAUAUGCACGCAUCCGCUGUAUGUCGGUCAAGCAGGCAAACAAGAGACGCCAAAUGACCCGUGCCAUUCCUGAAGUCAAGACCCAGAUCAUUGUCUUCGCCGAUGACGACGUCACUUGGCCGGCCGAGACCCUGCAGUGGAUGCUGGCUCCGUUCGAAGACAAGAGAUAUGGAGGAGUGGUGACUUGCCAGAGGCUCAGGCGAGCUGAGAACCCCUCGUUCUCGCAACGGAUUUACGGCUUCUUAGGUGCCCUGUAUCUGGAGCGCCGGAACUUUGACUGUGCAGCAACCGCCCACAUGGACGGCGGCAUGCCUUGUCUUUCCGGACGUACCUGUGCCUACCGCACCAGUAUUCUGCAGGAUGUCAACUUCACCAGCGGCUUCACGAAUGAGAAAUGGUGGUUUGGCCAGUAUCAACUCAAUGCUGACGACGAUAACUUCCUCACUCGCUGGAUGCUCUCCCACGGUCACAAGACCUACAUGCAAUACCAUCCCAACUGUGAGGUGCUGACUACCCUGGAGGACAACCCGAAGUUCCUGAAGCAAUGCCUGCGGUGGGCACGCAGCAACUAUCGAAGCAACCUGACCAGCAUGUUCUCUGAGCUUCACAUUUGGAGGCAGCAGCUGUAUAGCUCUUACGCGGUGCAACUCACAACUCUGAUGCCCCCUGCCAUCAUGAGUGACGGCUUCUUGUGGUUACUCCUUGUGCAAGGCACUAGUGAUUGGCCUGCUGAAUAUGCCCGUCUGGCUUUCUACACUUUUGCGGCAUGGAUGGCUUUUUCGAAGUUCGUCAAGCUCAUCACCCACUUUGUCCGCUACCCCGUUGAUAUCCUUCUAUGGCCUGUCUCAGUCCUAUUUGGCUGGUUCCAUGGCGCCAUCAAGCUCUAUGCGGCUUUCACACUGAAUGAGACAACUUGGGGCAGCCGGGCCAAUGCCGAUGCCAGCGACUCUGGAAGAAUGAUCAAGCAAAAGAAAACUCGCCACUACUUCGACUCCUUGGAUGAAAAGCUUCACCGCCAACUCCUUUCUAACGACGACACGAAACCCUACGCUGCCUAUGACCUUAAAUGUUCUCAGUCUCUUUCCGCCUAG